CACCACUCUGCUUUGCGCGCAAAGACACACACACACACACACACACACACACACACACACUGGACGUAACGUUAUCUCGUUAUCUUCUCAACGAGGUGGCAAACAUGACGUAUGAAGAUUUAUUUGACAUGUUUGGGAACAGUACUGACAACAUCUCAGAGGAGUCUGGGGACUUUGACCUGGAUUUCCAGGAGCCAUGUGGCAGCGCAUUGAGCAGCGACUUCAAUAAGAUCUUCCUACCUACAGUUUACGGAAUAAUAUUUCUUCUGGGAGUCAUUGGCAAUGGAUUAGUCGUUGUUGUCAUGGGCUACCAGAAAAAGGUCAAAACUAUGACGGACAAGUACCGGCUCCAUCUCUCUGUGGCUGACCUCCUGUUUGUCCUCACGCUGCCCUUCUGGGCCGUGGAUGCAGCCAAAAACUGGUACUUUGGAGGUUUCCUGUGUGUGUUUGUGCACAUGAUCUACACACUCAACCUGUACAGCAGCGUGUUGAUCCUGGCCUUCAUCAGUCUAGACAGGUACUUGGCAGUCGUGCGGGCCACUAACAGCCAAACCACAAGGAAGCUGCUUGCGAGCAGAGUGAUCUACGUGGGUGUAUGGCUGCCUGCAGCUGUACUGACUGUACCUGACAUGGUGUUUGCCAGGGUGCAAAGCACAGGGUCUUCGAACUUCGUCUUCAUAGAUGAAAGCAUGGAAGUUGCAGACUCCAGGACCAUCUGCCAGCGCAUCUACCCACAGGAAACCAGUCUUAUAUGGACAGUUGUUUUCCAGUUCCAGCACAUUCUGGUGGGCUUCAUACUGCCCGGCCUGGUCAUCCUCAUCUGCUACUGCAUUAUCAUUGCCAAACUGUCGCAAGGCGCCAAGGGUCAGGCGCAGAAGAAGAAAGCGCUGAAGACCACAGUCAUCCUCAUCCUGUGUUUUUUCUCCUGCUGGCUGCCCUACUGUGUUGGUAUCUUUUUGUACACUCUCACGAUGCUGAAUGUGUUACCUCUCUCUUGUGAACUGCAACAAGCGAUGCAGAAGUGGAUUUCUAUCACUGAGGCACUGGCCUAUUUCCACUGCUGUCUAAACCCCAUCCUCUAUGCUUUCCUGGGAGUUAAGUUUAAGACAACAGCUAAGAGUGCACUGACAGUCAACAGCAGAUCAAGUCAGAAAGCAACUCUUAUGACCAAAAAGCGAGGGCAAAUUUCAUCCGUGUCAACUGAGUCCGAGUCUUCAAGUGUUUUGUCAAGUUAACAAACAGUCCACAUUAGAGUCUGUGACUUAAUACUCUCAGGAGAGAAAAUAACUAAGCUUUAAUUUCAAAGAACUUACUACAUUUUGUACAGAUGUAAAAAAAAAAAAAAAAAAAGAUUUUUUUAUACAUUUUGAUUGGUUUGCCUUGUGUUCUGAAAUGGUGUGUCAAGUGAGGGUUUUUAUUGCAAUUUUUGCAAGUUUUAUGUUCCUCAAAGCAGAUUGUAUCUCCAGGCAGUGCCUCAUUUCCAUUCAUUCAGCUUUACAACCCAGGUCCAUUUUUUCCUGUUUUCAUCUUUACAGCCUGUGUUGCUUUAUCAAAGCUCAGGCAUACAAUGCCCGUUUCUGUUUUCAGGGAUGUUAGCUGCUUUUUGAAACCUGUACAGAGUUUGUAGCAUUUGUGUGUUCGCACUUAAGUUGUGUGAUUAUCUGGAAACUACUAUUUAUUGCUGUCAUUCACACUGGAAUUUUUGUAAAAAGAAAUAAAGUGCAUGCU